GCUGGUGAAUGGGACUAGUCUGUGCUCAGGCAGACUGGAGAUGAAGACUAACCCCUCUAACCACUCUAACCAGUGGUGGUCCUCAGUGUGUGAAGAUGACUUUGACCAGCAGGAUGCAGAGGUGGUCUGUAGGCAGCUUGGCUGUGGGGCUCCUUCAGUCCUCCAGGGGGCGCUCUAUGGAGACGUGGAGGCUUCAAUGUGGACCAAAGAGUUCCAGUGUGGAGGAACUGAGUCUGCUCUCCUGGACUGUAGAAGCUCAGGCUCAGAUAGAAACACCUGCUCACCUGGCAAAGCUGUUGGACUCACCUGCUCAGAGCCUGUCAGGUUGGUGGGAGGAGACAGUCGCUGUGCAGGAACACUGGAGCUGAAACAUCAGGGAGACUGGAGACCAGUGAGGGGCCGUUACUCUGGCUGGACCCUGAAGGAAGCAGCUGCUGCCUGCAGAGAGUUGGACUGUGGCUCUGCUGUUUCUGUAGAACAGAGAGAGGAGUCCUCAGAGAGAUCUGUGUGGUGGAUCAGGCCUGACUGUGUUCAUUCUGGAUCUGCUCUGAGGGAGUGUGCAAUAUCACAUUCCUCUAACUACAUCCUGAAUCUCACCUGCUCAGACCUGCUGCUUCAGCCCAACAUCUCUGGGUCCUCCUCCGUGGACCGGGUCUCCGAGGCCCAGCAGCAGCGGUUUCACGUGCUCAGGGGCUCCACCUUCACCAUCAGCUGCUCCGUCCAGCCACAGUACCCAGGAGGCUCCUUCCAGCUCACCUUCACCUCCUCCACCUCAGCACUCAACUACACCCAGCCAGCUGCCAAUCACUCCGCCCACUUCCUGUUUCCUGCUGCAGAGCCCGCCCACCAAGGAAGCUACAGAUGUGUUUAUCACGUCUAUGUUUUUUCUCACGACUUCUUCUCUGAGAGCCGUCUGAUCUCUCUCACCGUCGCAGAUCUAAGGCCUUUCAUCAUCAGAGCCAUCGUCCUGCCGCUGAUUCUGCUGUUGGCGAACAUUGGCCUUUACUUCUACUAUAAGGGCAAGAGGGGGCAGAGGCCGAGCAGACGGGAGAAGGCUGAGCCGGAUUAUUAUAACCUGGGUGUUCCUGCAGCUGAAGAGGAAGGAGCUCAGGGAGCAGAGUAGCACCUCCAAGGAGCUCAUCUCACAUCCAGAUGGAUUUAUAACACACAACCCAGCAGCAGCUCAUUUUAGACGCAUGUUCCCUUUAAACAAGAAGGCUGCUUCUAUUCUAUUACAUCAGGGCUGUGUAUUGGCAAGAAUCAGGCGAUACGAUACGUAUCAUGAUACAGGGGUUACCAUUCAGUAUAUCAACAUAUAUUAAGAUACUGUAAGCAAGGCGAUAGAUUGUAAUU